AUGGCUGGGCCGUGGCUGCUGCUUCUCCUGGCCCUGGGGUGUCCAGCUCUGCCCACAGGUGUGGGCCGCACGCCCUUCCCCUCUCUGGCCCCACCAAUCACGCUGAUGGUGGACGGAAGGCGGCAGACACUGGUGGUCUGCGUGGUCCUCGAUGUCACACCCCCUGACCCCGCCAGCCCCAUCUGGUUCUCAGCUGGCAACGGCAGCGCAGUGGACGCCUUCACCUACGGCCCAUCCCUUGCGAUGGACGGCACCUGGACUAGUGUGGCCCAGCUUUCCCUGCCCUCGGAGGAGCUGGCAUCCUGGGAGCCCUUGGUCUGCCACGCGGGGCCCAGGGCUGGGGGCCGCAGCCGGAGCACACAGCCCCUCCAGCUGUCAGGUGAGGCCUCCCCAGCCAGGCGCUGCCCCCAGGAGCCUCCUAGGGGGAUGGCGGCCCAGGCCCUGUGGCUGGGGGCGCUGCGCCUGCUGCUCUUCAAGCUGCUGCUGUUGGACGUGCUCCUGACCUGCCACCGCCUCGCGCCCCUGGGGCCCACCUAG